AUGCCUCAUAACAAAGACUAUAAUCUGAAGCUGGUGAGGAAACUGUACAGCUACGUGCCAGCUUUUACUGACGUAUUUGAUGAAGAAUCGUGGUACAUUUUCAUAUCGGCCUUUGUAGGCGUUACAGUUAUCGUUUUCGUUUUAUUAGCAAAAUUCGUUAAACUGAAACCAGUUGAUUGGUAAUAUAAUGUAGAAAAUGUAGUCUUUCGUGUUUAACCUUGCAUUUCCUGUCGCUUAUUCCAUCUUUCUACUCACGUUUCCGAUCAAAAAUUAUAUGUUUCGUGUUCUCGAUAACUUCAUAUGUACCACCUUUUCUCUCUUGUAAUACUUAUGUGCUAAAAAUGUGCAUAAUUUAAAAAUACAUUUUUACGUGUUUUGUUUAUCAA